AUGCCACUGAUGACUGCCCUUCCUUAUUGGGUGCCUACUAUGUGUAAUCGUUCCUCUGUUUCCUACUAUGUUGGAACCUUGGGGGUUCACAUUGAGAUCAAGAAAGUGGCAGAGGAAAAAGUCACUCUACCCUGUAAUCAUCAGCUGGGGCUUCCAGAAAAAGACACCCUGGAUAUCGAAUGGCUGCUCACCGACAAGGAAGGGAACCAAAAAGCGGUAAUCACCUACUCCAGCCGUCAUGUCUACAAUAACUUGACUGAGGAACAGAAGGGCCGAGUGGCCUUUGCUUCCAAUUUCCUGACAGGAGAUGCUUCCCUGCAGAUUGAGCCCCUGAAGCCCAGAGAUGAGGGUCUGUACACCUGCAAGGUGAAGAAUUCAGGGCACUAUGUGUGGAACUACGUCAUCUUAAAAGUCUUAGUGAGACCAUCAAAGCCCAAGUGUGAGCUGGAAGGAGACCUGACAGAAGGCAGUGACCUAGCUCUGCAGUGUGAGUCAGCCUCUGGGACAAAGCCCAUCAUGUAUUCCUGGCAGCGAGUCCCGGAGAAGGAGGGAGAGGAGGAGCAUCUGCCUGCCAAGGCUAGGAUUGACGACAGCCACCCGGGACGCCUUCUGCUGCGGAACCUCACCAUGUCCUCCUCUGGGCUCUACCGGUGCACAGCAGGCAACGAGGCGGGGAAGGAGAGCUGCGUGGUGCGCGUCACUGUGCAGUAUGUACAAGGCAUUGGCAUGGUUGCGGGAGCAGUGACAGGCAUGGUGGCUGGGGCCCUGUUGAUUUUCCUCUUGGUGUGGCUGCUAAUCCGAAGGAAAGACAAGAAGAGAUACGAGGAAGAAGAGAGACCUAAUGAAAUUCGAGAAGAUGCUGAGGCCCCGAAAGCCCGCCUUGUGAAACCGAGUUCCUCUUCUUCAGGCUCCCAGAGCUCACGCUCUGGCUCUUCCUCCACUCGUUCCACAGCAAAUAGUGCCUCCCGCAGCCAGCAGACACUGUCGACCGAGGCAGCCCCCCAGCCAGGGCUGGCCACUCGGGUAUACAGACUAGUGGAGCCAGAGGCGAGAGGUGCUGAACCAAAGAAAGUCCACCUUGCUACCCUGACCAAAGCAGAAACCGCACCCAGCACGAUCCCCAGCCAGAGCAGACCCCUCCAAACUGUCUAAUUACAGCGGACUUUGACUCCCAUGCUUUCCUUGGAAUCUUAGGACUUUUCUAGUCACUGUAGUUCAGUCACCAGCCACACAAUCCCCUUGGGUCAUGAGAGGUCACUUAUGUAGCAGGGGACACUGCAAGGAACAGAUUCAAAGGGGCACUCUCCUUACAUGACAUGAAACGAGAAAGAAUGUAAGCUGAUCAUCUCCCAAAAGGGUUCAGACAAGAGUGGGGGGAAGCCGGGGUCCAAGUCUGUGUAUUUGUUGACCAGGACAGGUCGUGAGAAAGGUUGAGGGAAGGGGAGGUGAACCCAUGUAAAACUUCUCACCUGAGAUGUUUUGUAUCAACACUUCAAGUCACAAUUGUCAAGAAGAAAUGAAGUGUUUUCUCAUAAAUUUUCUAUGCCUUUCUGCAAACCUGUUGGAUUAUUGUUAUCACCCAGAGAGUCAAGCAGAACCCACACCUUAUAUCACACCUCUGGACCAUGUCCUGGGAUUAUCACUUCUGAGAAACUCCAAAAAAGGAAACGUCUCCUAAUCUGUCUUGACCUCGUUUACCUUAAGAUUUGGAUAUUAACUCAAGGGGAAUUGAAAUAAUGGGAGAUGGAGAACAACUGAGUUUCUCCCACUCUGUCCAGCACUAAUUUCCCUCUACUUAUAUUGAACCAUUAGAGAACUAAAAAAGGUGUCCAAAAUGUGUGACAAGGGACUGAAAAACUUUUCAUCUGAAUGAUGUUCAGAGGGUCACUGACAAUUCAGAAAUGUAUACUGGAACAACGGUGGGUUUUCCCUCAAAUCAGAUGUCUCUAAGGACUUCCCUGCUGGACCUCUCUGGAACAAGAAAACAUUCAUUACAUGUCAUUUACCAAGGUCCUUAGAAAGAAGUCUUACAGGAAAAGAGAGAUCUUUUAAAGAUGCUGAAAGAUCAUCUGACGUACUAUUAUAGUCUUUCUGAGAACAUACAAAACCAGAAUUUCAAGACUGGACUAGAAAGGAAGAUUACAUCAAUU